CGAAAAUGGACAAACUAUUGAAAAGAAUCGAACAUAAGAAUCUAGAGAAAGCUGUGAUUCGUAAUAGAAGACGCCUCUUCAGCCGAGAUCAUCUCCAUCAAAGCCAGCAUUUGAGCAGGAAUGUUAUAAAAUAACUCACUCACUAAGAAUAGUGUCACUGUUCUACAGAAGCUCAAGUAUUUGAAGGCUCUUGAAACUAUCGAAAAAGAGAAAAGCAAAGAGUACAACAAUGCCUGAACCUUACUAAAUUAUAAAUUGGGCUGUCUUGAUGAAAAAUCUAAAGUGAAGAAGAAAACAAGAAAUAAAAGAAACAAAUUUGUCAUUUUCAAGAAGACUAAAAAUGAAGAUGCUGAAAAAUAUCAAAGCUCUAAGUCUAUAAUGCUUCCAGAUCAUAAUGAGCCUGGAAGUCAUCCUUCUAUGCUUCCUAACUUAGUUGCUCUGCUAAAUCCUUCAAAACCAAUAUCAAAAAGAAUGAUGACACAUGAUCAACUUUGAGCUUCAAAAAAGGAUAACUUCUCAACAACACUAUCCUUGCCUCAAGUAUCUCCUCCUUUAAGAAGUCUUCAAGCAAGCUCCUCUUCAAAUUGCGAAAGUUCAAAGGAUAUCUUAUUAGUGCCAGAAAACAAAGGGAUCUCUAAAACAUCCUCCUUUUGUAGACCUAUCUCCAAUCGCUCUCAGUCAGACUUCAGCUCUGAUGAAGAACUCAAAACCAGUGCUCCUAAGGUGAAUAAACCGAAAUGGCUAGAAAUUCCUCAAGAGACUAAAGCAUCUUGGCAAGAGUCUUCUUUCAAUGGAAACGAUUGGAUCAAAAAUAGUCAGAUAUUUCAAGAAGCUCUAAACUCUAAAAGAAAAUCUUCUUCCAAGAUAAGAUGCUCUAGUAGAAAUCAAGAGUCACCGCAUAAAAACCACAAAUCAGUAUUAGAUUUAAGCAAGACCAUGUAUAAAAGGAGUAUGAUGAAUCGGAGCUGCAUCAAGAUAUAAACCAAAGCUCUCUGACUUCGCUGAGGAUCCACUCUCUAUUAAAUGAAUGACUCGAAAAUUUAUUUCUUCAAAAUACCACAAUACUACUCCUGUUAAAGUUGGGAUGAGAGGGCAUGAGACUUGUAAAUUUUCCAAUCAGAAAUUCUCUUCACCAGGAAAUGUUGUGUGCUACUAUACAAUUUGGGUCGAAUUUAUUAUUUUCUUAA